AGAAGCCGGCGGCGGCGGAGGACAUGGAGAUCAAGAAGGUCUUCUCCCGCUUCGACACGGACGGCGACGGCCGGAUCUCGCCGUCGGAGCUGGCCGCCGUGUCCCGGGCCAUCGCGCCGCCGGCCACCGAGUCCGCGCAGGGCCGCGAGGUGGCGUCCAUGAUGGACGAGCUCGACACCGACCGCGACGGCUACGUCGACCUGGGCGAGUUCGCCGCCUUCCACGGCCGCGGCCGCGGGGAGCGCGAGCUGGACGCCGAGCUGCGCGACGCCUUCGACAUCUACGACAUCAACGGCGACGGCCGCAUCUCCGUCGCCGAGCUCAGCAAGGUCCUCAGCCGCAUCGGCGAGGGAUGCAGCACCGAGGACUGCGAGAAGAUGAUCGCCUCCGUCGACGUCGACGGCGACGGCUGCGUCGGCUUCGACGAGUUCAAGAAGAUGAUGACCGGCGACGUCGGAGCCCGACCCGAAGCCGAAGCCGAGGCCGGCGUCCCCGACAGCAACAAAGCCAAGAAGGAGUGAUCCGUUCUUGCUUGUAAAUUGUAGUAAUGUGAGGGGGGCAAGUGAGAAGGAGGUGUAUGUUAAUUGUCAAGUACUCUACCUAUUGGGCAUAGUGUUCUUCUGGUCUGAACAGGGUAAAAAUUGGGAAUAAGGAUCAAUGUGCAAUUGACACUGUUGUGCUGUACCUGUACGGUAACAACGGCUGUGUGUGCACGGUACUCGUAGUACUAGUAGAUAUUUUCUCCGAGUGUGCGCAUCUUGCUAUACUUCAUUUUCACAUGAGAAUGGAUUUAUCAGUUCGGUCA